GCGGCGGCUCGGAGGGCGCAGGUAUUUUGGACCUAAUUGUCCUUCGCGCUCGCCGUCGAGGGGGCGGCAUCCGCGCCCCCCCGCCCCCGCCCGGUGGCUGCGGGGCCGCGCUGGGAGGUGGCGGCGUCCGGGAAGCCCUCCUUCCUGCGCUUCCAUUCCGCGCCCUGGCUUCGGCUUCCCGGCGAGGUGGCAGACCUUUCUUCGUAUUCGCCGAGUGUGCGGGCGAUCCUGCUUUUUUUUUCUUGCCCCAAGGUUGGGGAAAUUCUGCAAUAAAAGCGCCAGGGGAGGUUGGGGUGAAUCAUCGGCAACUCCGGGAUCACGUAAGACCUCCUUGUUUGGGGGCGGGAGACCCAGUUGGAGCAUCUCAUUGGGGAGCAGGAAUGGACGAACCCACCUUGCAUCUCUUCUGCAGUGCUGCUUGUCUGGUCUGCCCCUGGGAAUGAAGAGGAGACUUGUGCUAGCCGGGAGAGGCACUGAGAGCCAGAUGGCCAGCCAAAUCUCACCGGACGUGCACGGGUGAUCGUCUCGGGGUCACCCAAGUUUACCAAUGUAAUUGGACGGGCGUUGGAAAGAAGAGUCCUUUUAGAAAAGCACAACAGUUCUCUUAAGAGGAGAAAGACUGAGUUUCCCCAUUUUUGGGGGAGGCCAACAUUGUGAAGGCGGUAUUCGAUGUAUCAUACGUUUGAUAUAAGAUGAGAACUUUAUAAAGGCUUCUGUCCAAGAGAGUCAACGAUGACCACCCCAGCCCUGCUGCCCCUGUCUGGACGGAGGAUCCCGCCCUUGAACCUGGGGCCCCCCUCCUUCCCCCACCACAGGGCUACCUUGAGACUCUCGGAGAAGUUUAUCCUCCUCCUCAUUCUUAGUGCCUUCAUCACCCUGUGUUUUGGGGCAUUCUUCUUCCUUCCAGAUUCUUCCAAACACAAACGCUUUGAUCUGGGUCUGGAAGAUGUGUUAAUUCCUCAUGUAGAGGCCGGUAAAGGAGCUAAGAACCCUGGAGCCUUCCUGAUCCACGGUCCUGAUGAGCAUAGACACAGGGAAGAAGAAGAACGUCUGAGAAAUAAAAUUCGAGCUGAUCAUGAGAAAGCUCUGGAAGAAGCAAAAGAAAAAUUAAAGAAGUCAAGAGAAGAAAUUCGAGCAGAAAUUCAGACAGAAAAAAAUAAGGUAGCCCAAGAACUGAAGACAAAGGAGAACAAGCCACUGCCACCAGUCCCUAUACCCAACCUUGUAGGAAUAAAUGGUGGCGACCCAGAAGAUAAUGAAAUAAGGAAGAAAAGAGAAAAAAUUAAAGAGAUGAUGAAACAUGCCUGGGAUAAUUACAGGCUAUAUGGAUGGGGGCAUAAUGAACUCAAGCCAAUUGCAAGGAAAGGACACUCUACUAACAUAUUUGGCAGUUCACAAAUGGGUGCCACUAUAGUAGAUGCUUUGGAUACACUUUAUAUCAUGGGACUUCAUGAUGAAUUCCGAGAUGGGCAAAAAUGGAUUGAAGAAAACCUUGAUUUCAGUGUGAAUUCAGAAGUAUCUGUGUUUGAAGUCAACAUUCGGUUUAUUGGAGGUCUGCUUGCAGCGUAUUACCUUUCAGGAGAGGAGAUAUUCAAGAUAAAAGCAGUGCAAUUGGCUGAGAAACUCCUUCCUGCCUUUAACACACCUACUGGAAUUCCCUGGGCAAUGGUGAAUCUGAAAAGUGGAGUAGGGCGAAACUGGGGAUGGGCAUCUGCAGGUAGCAGCAUUCUGGCUGAAUUUGGUACCUUACAUAUGGAGUUUGUCCAUCUCAGCUACUUGACAGGGGACCCUGUGUACUUCAGAAAGGUUAUGCACAUCCGGAAACUGCUUCAGAAAAUGGAUCGUCCAAAUGGUCUUUAUCCAAAUUAUUUGAACCCAAGAACAGGGCGCUGGGGUCAAUAUCAUACAUCAGUUGGUGGACUGGGAGACAGUUUUUAUGAAUACUUACUGAAAGCAUGGUUGAUGUCAGAUAAAACAGACCAUGAAGCAAGGAAAAUGUAUGAUGAUGCCAUAGAGGCUAUAGAAAAACAUCUUAUUAAGAAGUCUCGUGGAGGUCUUACCUUUAUUGGAGAAUGGAAGAAUGGUCACUUGGAAAAGAAGAUGGGGCAUUUGGCUUGCUUUGCAGGGGGAAUGUUUGCACUGGGAGCAGAUGGUUCCAGAAUGGAUAAAGCUGGACAUUAUUUAGAACUUGGAGCAGAAAUUGCACGUACCUGUCAUGAGUCGUAUGAUAGAACUGCAUUAAAGCUAGGUCCUGAAUCGUUCAAAUUUGAUGGUGCACUAGAGGCUGUGGCAGUCCGACAGGCUGAAAAGUAUUACAUCCUCCGCCCAGAAGUAAUUGAAACCUACUGGUACCUAUGGCGAUUCACUCAUGAUCCAAGAUACAGACAGUGGGGCUGGGAAGCAGCACUGGCUAUUGAAAAGUAUUGCCGAGUUAGUGGUGGAUUUUCUGGGGUCAAGGAUGUAUAUGUCUCUACUCCCACACAUGAUGAUGUACAGCAGAGCUUCUUUCUUGCUGAAACAUUGAAAUAUUUGUAUCUGCUGUUUUCUGGUGAUGACCUUUUACCCUUAGACCAUUGGGUAUUUAAUACAGAGGCCCACCCUCUGCCUGUGUUACAUUUAGCCAACACCACACUUUCAGAAAAUCCUGCUGUUCGGUGAAAGCAGCUCCAGAAGGACCAUUCUCACCUGUAUUUUGUUUACAUGGACUACUGCAGAAACAUGCUGGAGAGGGGGCGUUUGAAAACCCGGACCUCUUAAGUCAACAUGGCAGAGUAAAGUGACUCUUCCUUGCAAGAAUUUUCAACUUGUAGAUACAUCAACCUUGAAAUGACUUCAUUUUAUACCUGACCAAAAUAUGUUCCGGUAUGUAUAGGACUGGAACCUCAUAUACUUUGAUUGUUAAUGGGAUGGUCACAUAAGAGAUGAUUCUUAUUACUACUGCAUUGUAAAACCCUGGAGUCCAGAAGCUAGACUUC